CUCUCUCUCUGAGAUCGAACUAUGGCGGAUGGAGAACAGAAACCUCAUGCCAUCCUGGUAGCAUACCCACUUCAAGGGCACGUCAUCCCCUCCGUCCACCUGGCCAUCAAGCUUGCCUCCAAGGGCUUCACCAUCACCUUCGUCAACACCAACUACAUCCACCACCAGACCUUCCAAGCCCACCGCAGCCGCGACUCCGCCUGCAGCGACCCCUUCGCCGCCGUUCGCGACUCGGGUCUCGACAUCCGCUACACGACCGUGUGCGACGGCCUGCCCCUGGAGUUCGACCGCUCCCUCAACCACGAUCAGUUCAUGGGGUCGCUGUUGCACGUGUUCUCGACGCACGUGGAGGAGGUGCUCGGGAGGAUUAUCAGCUCUGCAUGCCCGCCGGUCACCUGCUUGAUCGCCGACACCUUCUUUGUGUGGCCGGCAACGAUUGCCCAGAAGUUUGGGCUGCUGUAUGUUUCUUUCUGGACCGAACCGGCUCUGGUUUUUACACUAUAUUACCAUAUGCAUCUUCUCGAGAAAAAUGGUCAUUUUGCUUGCCCUGAUCCUCGCGGUGACACGGUGGAUUACGUACCGGGGGUGGCGGGAAUCGAGCCAAAGGAUAUGACGUCGUAUCUCCAAGACACGGACACCUCCUCCGUCUGCCACCAGAUCAUCUCCAAAGCCUUCCAGGAGGCCCGCGGCGCCCACGUCGUCCUCUGCAACACGGUCCAUGAACUCGAACCCUAUACCAUUUCCGCCCUCCGACCCGGCAUUCAGUUCCUCGCGGUCGGACCCAUCUUCCCCACCGGGUUCUCCAGGAGCGCCGUCGCCACCAGCCUCUGGUCCGAGUCCGACUGCACCCACUGGCUCGACGCCAGGCCGCGCGCCUCUGUCCUCUACGUGUCCUUUGGCAGCUACGCCCACGUCACCAAGAGCGACCUCGUGGAGAUCGCCAACGGUUUAGCCCGAAGCGGGGUCAGUUUCGUUUGGGUGCUCCGACCCGACAUCGUGAGCUCCGAGGAUGCGGACCCCCUGCCCGUCGGAUACAGGGAGGAGAUCGGCGACCGCGCGAUGGUAAUCCCCUGGUGCUUCCAGAUAUCGGUGCUGGCCCACCCGGCGAUCGGCGGGUUCUUGACGCACUGCGGGUGGAACUCGAUACUGGAGAGCGCCUGGUGUAGGGUUCCAAUGCUGUGCUUCCCGCUGCUGACGGAUCAGUUUACGAAUCGCAAAUUGGUGGUGGAUGAUUGGAAGAUCGGGAUCAACUUGAGCGACGGGAAGCCGAUCACGAAGGAGGAGGUUUCGGAGAAUGUCAUCCGUCUGAUGAGUGGAAAAUCAGGGGACGAGUUCAGGAAUCGAAUAGGAGAGAUGAGGACGAUGAUGGAAGCGGCUUUGACGCCCGGUGGAUCCUCCGAAAAAAAUAUGGAUCGGUUCAUAGCGGGUCUAAAGGCCAGUACGCAAAAAUAAGCAUGGGCCCGUCUAGCCGAAGCUGAGUUAGGGCUCGGACUUGGAGGACAUAACAUUCAAUAAUGGAGAUAACUGAGAUCAGACCACAAUUUUAUGUACACGAUAAUUGAAUGGUUGGUCUUAUGUUCCUGCAUAAAUCUUUCUAAAUAACGUACGAGGAAUGUUGACAAGUCAAUUGAUUUAAGUUUAGUUGAUCAAAUUGAAAAGGGAGAAACUAAAGGUGUAAUCGGUUUAUUACGGUUUAGUUAUGGAUCAAAUCCAAAAUUGAAUGGAA